AUGGCUGACCGUUCCUCGAAACCCCACUGGCCCAACUUCGCUCCCGUCGCACACUACUAUAGUAGGCGGCCAGACAUGAGGAUUGCUGCAUGGAUCGGCCGCCGGUUCAAUUUUUGGAAGCGCAACCCUUUGGAUACACGCAGGCAGCGUGGUGGCGUGCAACAUGCUUUGCAGCAGUUGAGCCUCGAGGAUCUGAGAUCGCUCGACAUUGUCUCGGGCCCGUCCCGCAACAACCACAAAAAGUGUGGGGGUUGCCUUCCAGACUUUCUAGGCCUCCAAACUGAUUUUGCAGAUCAGUUCGAGCGAUAUCGCCCCAGCAACAGAGCCAGUCGGCUCACGUCUUCUACCACAACCAACACCUGCCCGCUUGCGGAACCACUCCCUCAGGAUCCGUCCGCAGGCAAUAGCCCGUUGAAGAGCUUCCUCCAGCCAGCAUCCGAUCAUGGCUAG